UGUGGGUGUGCUGGCGACCGUCGUCCAUCAACCUGUAUCCUCUAAUAAAUAUACUCAAAUUUUCCAAGAUGCAGGCAAUUAGACGGAUCAGGAUCGCCAAUUCUUUUCAGGCUGGUAUCCUUCCAAAGUCGCUGCGCCCUUGGAUCGCCGUUCUUUCUCCACACCGCUCUUAUAGCGAGGCAGCAGGUGACACUGAUUUGGUGGUGAUUGGAGCCGGACCCGGUGGGUAUGUGGCAUCAAUCAAGGCGGCACAACUGGGAUUGAAGACUGUGAACGUAGAGAAAUGGCCGACGCUAGGCGGCACGUGUCUCAACGUCGGAUGCAUCCCAUCGAAAUCCCUUCUCAACAACUCACAUCUCUACCACCAAGCGCACUCAGACGACUUCAAACAGAGAGGAAUCAAAGUGAACAGCAUGGAGUUAGAUCUACCAGGAAUGCUGGCAGCGAAGGAUUCGUCAGUCAGCCAGCUCACCGGCGGAAUCGUACACCUCUUCAAACAAAACGGAGUAACGCGCGUGGAGGGACACGGAUCGAUCACCGGCCCUAACGAGGUGACCGUGGCGAAGAACGACGGAACAAACGAAGUCAUCAAGACGAAGAACAUCAUGAUCGCCACGGGGUCAGAGGUCACGCCGUUCCCCGGCGGAGGAAUAGAGAUUGAUGAGAAGACGAUCGUGUCGUCUACCGGCGCCCUCUCUCUGGAGAAAGUGCCGGAGAAGAUGAUUGUGAUUGGUGCAGGAGUGAUAGGCUUGGAGUUGGGUUCAGUGUGGAGCAGGCUAGGCUCACAGGUGACAGCCAUCGAGUUUCUGCCGCACAUCGGCGGCAUCGGCAUCGACAUGGAGGUCGCGAAGGGCUUCCAGCGAAUCCUGCAGAAGCAGGGUAUCAAGUUCAAGAUGCAGACGAAGGUGACAGGGGCGAAUCGUCAGGGAGACAAGAUCGUCGUGACGACGGAGCAAGUGAAGAAUCCGGACAAGAAGGAGGAAUUGGAGUGUGAUGUACUGUUAGUCUGCGUCGGACGGCGACCGUACACAGAGAGACUCGGCCUGGACAGUGUGGGAAUCACAUUGGACGGGAAGGGUCGGGUGCCAGUCAAUAAGCGCUUCCAGACGUCUGUACCAAACAUCUAUGCGAUCGGGGAUUGCAUCGAGGGACCGAUGCUGGCGCACAAGGCGGAGGACGAGGGCAUGCUGUGUGUGGAGGGAAUCAAGGGAGGCGCGGUGCACAUCGACUACAACUGCGUGCCGUCGGUGAUCUACACGCAUCCCGAGGUCGCGUGGGUCGGACGCAGCGAGGAGCAGCUCAAGGAGGAGGGCGUCGCGUACAAGAUCGGCAAGUUUCCGUUCGCGGCGAAUUCUCGGGCGAAGACGAACCUUGACACGGACGGCUUUGUGAAGAUCAUUGGUGACAAGGAGACGGACAGAAUCCUCGGCGCACACAUCAUGGGAGGGGGAGCCGGAGAGAUGAUCAAUGAAGCUGCGCUGGCGAUGGAAUACGGAGCUUCGUGCGAAGACGUAGCGCGGGUCUGCCACGCCCACCCGACGUGCUCGGAGGCUUUCAGGGAAGCCAACCUCGCCGCUUACGCUGGAAAGGCGAUCAACUUCUAGCCGUCGCUCACAGUUUUUUAACGUCUAAUUCUACAUCGAUUAGACAGUAAAACACGCGGCUGGACGAGUGGAUCGCGUUAUGAGAUGGCGGCAACUACCAGCUUUGUAAUAGCGUAGCUGUGGUCUGUGAGUGUUCUCAUUGCUAGAUGUACGCUGUUACGAGCGUUGUAAUAGCGUAGCUGUGGUCUGUGAGUGUUCUCAUUGCUAGAUGUACGCUGUUACGAGCGUUGUAAUAGCGUAGCUGUGGUCUGUGAGUCUGCAUAGUCUGAAUAUCUCACUGCUAGGAGAGGAGAGGGAGGUGUAUUCGUCUAGGAUGUCGAUAGCUAAUUGCGUGGCCUCGCUCUAUCGCUUACAUGUGAAGUUAGUUGCCCUGCUAAAUACCGCGCCGUAAACCAGCCUUUACCCCCGGUUUAGACCCGAUAGCGAAGUUUACAAUUUUCUUAAACGAAAGACUGCAGAAAUCACGUGUAGGGCACUGUUUGGUGUUGGAAGGUUCAGCAAAACUCGUAUUUCACUGCUGGAUUCGCGUAAAAGCUACAUUGCCAUUUCUUUUAUUCUGCUUAAACAAUAGCUCGCCAGCCAAAACAUCAGGCAGAUGCCAAACGUGUAAUUAUUCAGAUUAGAUUUCAUUUAUGCGCGUUGCAUUUUCGUUGGUUAGGUUAUCGGCAUGUUAUAUACUGCGUGUAAUAGUCCUGGAAACAAGUUGUUUUAUGUAUUUAAAUUACACACAUGUGAAUAUAGAAUCUUGUUGGUUACAAAAACUGCA